AUACCUAAAAGAAUCGAUUCAUAGAACCGACUCGUUCAUGAACGACACCUCGUUAGUUGUCACUAACCGGACACGAUUUUGCACCGGCUGGUGACACAACAUUGACAGGUUUGAAUCCAGUUGUGUGGACCAUCAGCCAUGGCUUUCAGUAAAGGAUAUCGCGUUUAUCACAAGCUGGACCCUCCACCAUACAGCGUGAUUGUAGAAACAAGAAAUCGUGAAGAAUGCUUGAUGUUUGAGUCUGGAGCUGUGGCAGUUCUGUCGGCAGCAGAGAAGGAAGCUGUCAAGAACACAUACACCAAGAUGCUGGAUGCGUAUGGUAUUCUUGGGGUUCUUCGUCUUAACCUUGGAGACUCCAUGCUGCACAGUUUGGUCUUAGUGACAGGGUGCAGUUCGGUGGGGAAAGUGCAGGAUUCAGAAGUGUUCAGGGUCACGGCCACAGACUUCAUCUCCCUGAAGAACGAUCCGUCAGACGAGGACAAGAUUGCAGAGGUGCGAAAGGUUCUAAACUCGGGCAACUUUUAUUUCGCCUGGUCGUCCACUGGAGUGAGUAUGGACUUGAGUCUAAAUGCACAUCGCAGGAUCCGAGAAGACAUUUCAGACAAUCGUUUCUUCUGGAAUCAAUCCCUGCAUCUGCACCUAAAGCAUUAUGGUGUGAACUGUGAUGACUGGCUGUUGAGGCUGAUGUGUGGUGGAGUGGAGAUCCGCACCAUCUACGCUGGUCACAAGCAGGCCAAAGCCUGUGUCAUCUCUCGCCUCAGCUCUGAGAGGGCGGGCACACGCUUCAAUGUGCGUGGCACCAACGAUGACGGCCAAGUGGCCAAUUUUGUGGAGACCGAGCAGGUUAUUUUCCUAGACGACAAAGUCUCUUCUUUUAUUCAAAUCCGUGGAUCUAUACCUUUGUUCUGGGAGCAGCCAGGUAUACAGGUUGGUUCCCACCGCGUCAAGCUGUCCCGUGGUUUUGAGGCCAACGCACCGGCUUUUGAGAGGCAUUUUACAGCUCUGAGGAGGCUCUAUGGUAAGCAGUUGAUCAUUAACCUGUUGGGUACGAAAGAGGGGGAGCACAUGCUCAGCAAAGCAUUCCAGAGUCACCUGAAAGCAUCAGAGCAUACAAACUCUGUGAAGAUGGUCAACUUUGACUACCACCAAAUGGUGAAGGGAGGGAAGACAGAGAAACUCUCGACUGUGCUGAAACCACAGAUCAGCAAGUUCCUGGACGAUUGUGGCUUCUUCUGUUACUCUGCUGAGACUGGAAUUGAAAAAUGUCAGACUGGGACUCUUCGGGUCAACUGUUUGGACUGCCUGGACAGGACAAAUAGUGUCCAGGCCUUCUUUGCACUUGAGAUGUUGCGCAAGCAGUUGGAAGCUAUGGGUCUUACAGAGAAGCCCCAGCUGGUGGCACGCUUUCAGGAGGUCUUCCGCACCAUGUGGUCAGUCAAUGGAGACUCAGUCAGCAAAAUCUAUGCUGGCACAGGUGCUCUAGAUGGCAAGGCUAAGGCUGGAAAGCUGAAAGAUGGAGCACGCUCAGUCACCAGGACCAUCCAGAACAACUUCUUUGACAGUUCAAAGCAAGAAGCUAUUGAUAUUCUGAGGUUGGGCAGUACUCUAAACAGUGACCUGGCUGAUAAAGCUAGAGCUCUCCUCACCACCAGCAGCCUGUAUGUCUCUGAGCCCAUUUUACAAUCAGCAUCUCCCAGAGUGUUGCUGGGCAUGUGUCAGAACCACCACAAAUACACACGGCCUAAAAAGAUCCGUGUGUGUGUGGGGACGUGGAAUGUCAAUGGGGGAAAGCAGUUUCGUAGCAUUGCGUUUCGGAAUCAGACCCUCAGUGACUGGCUGCUAGACGCACCAAAAAAAGCAGGCCACCCUGAGUUUCAAGACAGCAGACCCCAGCCUGCAGACAUCUUUGCCAUUGGCUUUGAGGAAAUGGUGGAACUGAAUGCUGGUAACAUAGUCAGUGCAAGCACCACCAAUCAGAAGCUGUGGGCAGCAGAGCUGCAAAAGAGCAUCUCACGGGAUCAUAAGUAUGUGCUGCUGGCCUCAGAGCAACUGGUGGGAGUCUGCCUCUUCAUUUUCAUUCGGCCCCAGCAUGCUGCGUUCAUCAGAGAUGUUGCUGUAGAUACAGUCAAGACUGGAAUGGGUGGUGCCACGGGUAACAAAGGAGGUGUGGCUAUCCGCAUGCUCUUCCACACCACCAGUAUCUGCUUUGUGUGCUCGCAUUUCGCCGCAGGCCAGUCACAGGUCAAGGAGCGAAAUGACGACUACAAUGAGAUCACUCGCAGGCUAUCAUUCCCUAUGGGCCGUCUGCUCUACUCCCACGAUUAUGUGUUCUGGUGUGGGGACUUCAACUAUCGCAUCAACCUGCCAAAUGAGGAGGUAAAAGAGCUGAUCAGGCAGCAGAACUGGGAUGCACUCAUAACUGGGGACCAGCUUGUUGAACAGAAGAAUGCAGGCCAGGUAUUCAGGGGCUUUAUUGAAGGAAAGUUGGAUUUUGCUCCUACCUACAAAUAUGACCUCUUUUCUGAUGACUAUGACACGAGUGAGAAAUGCCGCACACCCGCAUGGACCGACCGUGUGCUCUGGAAGAGGAGAAAGUGGGACUUUCAGAAAACUGCUGAGGAGUUGGAUCUGAAUGUAGUAGGAGCUCCAGUAGUUGAGGAAGAUCAGCACCCGUGGAGCCCUGGUGAGCUAAAGUACUACAGCAGAGCUGAGCUCAAGACCUCAGACCACAGGCCGGUGGUGGCCAUCAUCGAUGUGGAUAUUCUCGAAGUGGAUCCAGAAGCGCGUCAUCAGGUGUACAAAGACGUGAUCGCCCUGCAAGGUCCACCUGACGGCACUGUCUUAGUCUCUCUGUGCACUUCAGGGCCUGAUGACUACUUCGAUGAUGCUCUGAUAGAUGAACUGCUGGACAAGUUUGCUAACUUUGGCGAGGUCAUUCUGAUCAGGUUUGUAGAGGAAAAGAUGUGGGUGACAUUUUUGGAAGGGUACUCUGCACUGGCUGCACUUUCACUGAGUGCCUCCACUGUUUUGGGGAAAACCAUAGACAUCCGUCUGAAGAGCAGCGGCUGGAUCAAGAGUCUGGAAGAGGAGAUGAGUGUGGAGAGGAUCUGUGGCAGCAUCCCCACUUCCGCCAGCUCCACACUGCUCGCCGAGGACAACGACAUGGGAGACGAGUUUGACAUGGAGGGCGAUGUGGAUGAGGAGGUGGAGAAUAUUCUUCCUCAGCACCUGCAGCCUGGGGCUGGUGUGGAUGUGGGUAUUUCCCCAGCACCCUCUCCCCGCUCCAGCCCGUGCCCCUCGCCAACUCACGGAGAGCCCGCAGCCCCCUGCAGGCCAAGCAGAGCUCCACCACGCACAGCCGGACCCCCACAAGUUACUCCUUUGGAUUAUCAGGUGCUAGGAGCUUCUGCAUCACAGGGACUGGAACCAAAACGCCCACCUCCCCCACGACCCAAUGCUCCCCCUGCCAGACCGGCACCUCCACAGCGCCCACCACCUCCCUCAGGACAAAAAAGCCCUGCUUUACCCAGAUCAGAUGUUGCUGGACGAGGCCAGUCUACUGGAGCCCCAAGCGGUUCAAGACCGAACAUCCCUGCUAGGGCAGGUGUUAUCAGUGUGCCACCACAAGCCAGACCCCCACCUCCUGCCCACCCCGGAGCUCCAAGACCCAUAGCUGAGGUUCACCCAGGAGCCCCCCGAACUACUCCAGAUAACCACCCUGGAGCCCCGAGACCUGUCCCAGAUGCACCAAAAAAACCAGCAGAACUCCCUCUGGCACCUCCUCCCUCAUUGCCUGGCCCUAUGAGGCCUCAGAUGGUGUCUCCAAUGCAGCCUCAGUCCACGUCCCCCAUUCGGCCACCUAUACAGUCCCAGCUGCCCCCGCCCAUGGUACCUACGCUUCCCGCACCUAUGGUGCCAACAAUGGCAACCCCUCUCCAGCCUCAGUCCACUGCGACAAGCACCGGAGCAGCUAUGCCACCUCAGCCUGGCCUGGCAUCACCCAAACCACCGCCCCGUAGCCGCUCCUCACAUGCCCUGCCACCAGAGGCUUCUCCUGCUCCUGCUCCUGCUCCUGAGGCUCAGAUGAAUGGAACAAAUGGAAUCCAAAGAGAAGCACAAUUUACAAUCGGCCCCUUUGACCCACUCACCUCUGACGUGUUCUCCUCCACUUCCUGGUUAAACAGCCAAUCCCUGUCUAGUAGUUCUUCACUUUACAGCUCCUUCCACUCAUCCACCAGUUCACGGUCUCUGAAUUCCACUCCAGUUCCUCGGUUUCCCCAGUCUAACCCAAAGCUGACCCUCGACCCCACGCCAGCUUUGCUGGCCCCGCCCCCUCCUUUCCGCAGCCGCUCACAGGAAACCCUCCCAGUCUCCUCAAACCCCUUUUUGACUGGUAUCCUAUCUAGACCCAACAGCACCAACCCAUUUACUGGCACCAUGCCAGCAUCACAGCAUCGCUCACUCACACCCGACUUUGACGCCAAGCCAAGCCUCUACAGAGCCACAUCCGACCUCAGUCACAGCUCAACUCUGCCUUCCUCCUUCUCCAGACCAACUCCAGCAGCUUUAGCUCCACCUCCACCUAAAGUCCAGCAGUGGGUGACCUUUGAUGAUGAUUCAGACUUUCAAAGGUCAGGAAAAGCUCCAGCAUCAACUGCAAUGACGAAACCUCCACUGCUUCCUUUGUCCGCUAGCACUACAUUCCAGCAGCCGCAAAGCAGCUCCUCCACCUCUGGGUUUGACUUUAACAGUAACUGGGCCUCCCUUUCCACACCCGUUUUGCCAACACUGCCUCCUCCUGUGCCAGGCAGGACUAACGCUAACGCAACCCCAAGAAACCCCCUGAUCCCAGAGUUCAUGGAAAGAUAAUAUAUAUUGUAAUGUUCUACUGAUGUUGAGGUGUGUGGGGGGGACUGGAGAAAUUCUUUAUUUAUGUUUGUGGUUAGUAUACAAGUGUGCUGUUCAAGUCAUGUCUCUCUGAAACUGAUAAAUCAGUCACUCAACCCAGAACCGGCCUAGAUUAAAUAUGACGGUUCUGGUGUUUCUAUCUGUACACGUAUUUAGAAAUCCAUGUACACACACAACUGUGUGAUAAAUUCUGUGCAAUACUUAAUUUUUCUUCAGUGACAUGCUUAUCAAAUAUAAUUGCUUUUAUGCAUUUUUUUUUUUUUUUUUUUUUUUUUACCGCUGUUUGGUUGUGCAGCAUUUAAAGUGAUUGUAAACUGCAAACCAAUGUCUCUCUUGAAUGCACAGUGUGUCAUGUAGAUUCUUGGAUGGAGAGAGCUAUUAGACCUUCUAAUAUGGCCUCUGGAAUUUUAGUUUUAAAAAAACUAGCCACAGCACAUAGUGACUCUGUAACCGCUUGCUAUGAUUUCUUUCUCAUUAUGAAUGUAUGUUCAGUCUGUUUAAUGUUUAAUGUCUGUAUUUUUCCCCAAAAUGGUGGAAAAGUCUGGCAUAUCUUUCAUUACUGUGUAAUCAUUCCUCUAAUUACACAGAGUCAAUUUUCCUGUAUUCUUAUAUCUCUAGACCAUCAUGCUCAAGUAUAUAAGUUGUGGAUAUGUGUAUUAAGUAGCCUUCAGCGUGGUUUAAACAAUGUACAGUAGUCUAAAAUCUGUGUAUAUAUAUUAUAUAUUCGCUUGUAAUAUGUACCUGCCAUACUGGUAUUGCACUGAAAUGCUCUUAUCCUUUAGGUCUUUAAAUGUACUUUGAGUUAUGUGUUUUCAGGUUUGAGAAAGCAUAUCUGUUUCCUGGCAUGAGUGCUGUUUCCCCUCCCGACUGCCCUCAACCAAGUGUGUGUACCCUUGCUUCUGUUUCACAUAAUCCAAAGCGUUCAACAAAACCGCUGUGCAUUUAACGAAUGUGCUUAUUUUAGUGAGUUCUGGUGUUAGUCUAUGAUGCCAAGAUGUGCGACCCUGACCAUAACAGAAAGCUGUGUGUACUUAAUCUCACAGUUUUUGGUUCACAGUGAGUUGGUACUUCACUUUAAUUUCACUGGGAAUGUGGUUCUUUCUGUUCUUUGUGUGAGGAAAUAAUUUGCUGUGUCUUGGUGAGUGCUCUCUGUCUGCAUAUAUGCACUGUGUACGUCUGUGCUGAUGGGGUGAGGUUUUUUGUUGUUACCUAGCAGUUUGACUUUGUGUGCAUCCACUCUCCUGGUUCAGAAUGAAUCAAACAGAGCCUUUAAGCAUGUUAAAACACGCACAGUAGGAAAAUAUCAGUUACAUGUUCUUUUUCUGAUUACCUUAUUGAUACCCAGUUUUUUCAGGUACCUCCACUGUGCAAAUCGUGUCAUUGCCAGUUCUGAAGUCAUAUUACUUUCUGUGCAUUCCAUACUGUAUUGCUGUUUUGAUCUGGUGAUUUGCUCUUGAUAUUUUCUUGUCAUUUUGGGGAUUCAUAUCUUUUGCUUGUGCAGUGUUUUGUUACAUCGCAUUAGUAGUGUUAGUACUGCUCUAUUGCAGUAUUCACAUUUGAGUCGUUCUUGAGUUACACAGCUGCAUAUCUGAAUACUUUUAAUUUGUGGUUUUUAAACACAUUUAAAUCCUCUUAAGAGGGCAUUCUGUGGAGGAAAAAACAGUGGCAGUCUGGCAGGGGACAAAGGGUACGGAAGACAAGUGAGCCACCUCAUUUUGUAGGGAGUGUCUUUUUUUUCUCUCUCUCUUCUUUUUUUUUUUUUUUUAUUUUUUUAUUUAUUUUAUUUUUUUUUUGACAGUUUCAGUUUUGUGUGAAAAAACUGAGCGUGUGUGUGAAAUGUCAUGACAUGCCAUUUCCUUUCAGUAUGAUCCUGUACACAUGUUGUCCAUUGCAUAUGGGCAUAUGGAGGGCUUGCUUAUUGACCAGACAUAAAGUCAUGUAGGUACAGCAGGUAGGUUACAGAAACUGUACCUUUAAAGCAGAUGUUGUUUGCACACUUUACUCCCUACACUAUUUUUUUUUUAAAGAAAAAAAGGAUGUAGCAAUUGUAAAAUUUGAAAAUUUCCCUUGAGGCUACUUAAGAAAAAGGGGAUGCCCAUCCUAAAUCCUAACCUGCUCUAAAAUAUGACUGAAUGGGAAAUUUUUCGUUUUGUUUUAUUUCAGCUGUUGGAAAUAAUAUAACCACUGGAAAAUAAUAGCAUUACAUGUACUGUUCAGUUGUAUUCAGCUAAUAAUCAAAUCAAAUCAAGUCAUGCAAAUAUUUAACUAACUCAUUUUGUGAUGUUGACGUUUGUAACUUUAGCUCAGUGGUAGAGAUCCUUGUGUUGUUAACCGUAACUAUAGGUAUACACAAACCAUGACUGCAGUUUAGUAUUCUUAGUAUUCAACCUGUGAUUUAAGUUCAUAUCAAAUUGCACAAUUGUAUGGAGUAAUUGAUGUUGUACGUAUGCAAUAAUAAAUGUAAAUGUAUUAAUGUAAAUGCA